GUCGCACGUUUCUCCCCGGCUCACUUAUGCAUCCGUAAGAGCGAGGAUGCGUGAUCGCCCCGCAGGAAUGAAUGGGUGCGGGGUGCGCGCGUGUUGACGUUCGUUAAAGCUCGCGGACAUGGAGUGCGACAUUCUGGACUCGCUGGAGCAGCUCGGGUACGGCGGCCCUCUGCUGGAGGAGAAGCCGCUGCUCGCAGCUGCACAGGGAGGCCUGUCCUCCCCGGAGUAUGUGGACCUGUGCAGGUGGCUGGCAGCCAGGUUGAAGCCGCUGUGUGACCUGGAGGAGAGCAUCACUUCCAGUCCAGACGACAUGGACAGCCUUCAGGUGGAGAUGAGCGGUCUGCUGAAGGAGCUGCACUGUCCCUACAAAGAAGUUGUUUCAGGGAUCCUCAAGGGUCGCGUGCUGACCACAAAAGAUCAUCUCAAAUGUGUCUUGUUUCUAAGCUCCGAGCUCCAGGCAGCUCAGAUUGUGAGGAGCGGACGAGUCUCUGAUCAACAACAACCAGGAGAGAGUCCGGUGUGUCAGGAGCUGCAGGCAAUCUGUGAGACACUGAACCUACCAGAGCCCAGAGGACAGGACGCAGCAGGAGUUUUCUCUCAAGUCCAAGACAAGGUAGAUGAAAUACUUAAAGGUCUUCCAAAUGCCUCCGUUGGAAACCCGGUGCUAAAGAAACCUCUAUCCAGUGAACAGUGGGAGAAGUUGAACAACAUAAACACAGUUCUGUCUUCAGAAUAUGAGUGUCGGCGCAGGAUGCUGAUCAAACGUCUGGACGUCACAGUUCAGUCAUUUGGGUGGUCAGACAGAGCCAAGGUAAAAGUGGACAGCAUGGCGAGGGCCUACCAGCCUAAGAGACACUCCCUGAGGCCUCAGUCCACGGUGGACAUGGCCGAGCUGCUGGCUGCCAGAGAAGACAUCUGCAACGUAGUGAAGACCAGCAGCGGCUCCAGCAGGGAGAAGACAGUUUGCGCCGUCAACAAGAUCCUGAUGGGCAGAGUCCCGGACAGAGGAGGACGUCCCUCGGAGAUACAAGCUCCAGCUCCUGAGAUGCCACCCUGGCAAAAAAGACAAGAAGGUGGAAGAGGUGGCUGGGGAGGCCGUGGUGGAGGUGGUGGAAGAGGACAAGGUGGUUGGGGGGGAGGAGGAGGUGGAGGGGGUGGUGGUGGCUGGGGAGGAGGAGGUGGAGGUGGAGGAGGUUGGAGAGGAGGAGGGUGGAACCAAGGAGGACAUGGAAGCUAUGGAGGACAUGGAGGAAAGAGAGGACGGUACUAG